UGAGCUUCGUCGCCCGUUCUUUCUCGAAGAUAAAAACGUAUGCUAGGCCGUUAGCUCACACCACUAAUACUCAGCUCACGGCGACUCCCAGAAAAAAAAUCAAAGUUUUAAUUAGAGCAUUUCGCGAGAAACUCGCCACAUUCAUCCAGACACUGGGGAUUUAGGCCUCAAUCACACGCCGACAAACGCUUGAUAAAUCAUAUAGUAUCAGAAAAAUCAUGGAGGUGCUAGAUAAUACACGCUUUUCUUUACGCAAUUUCCCUCUCGCGCUCCUCGUGCUCGCCCUCGUCACGCCCAUCGCCCCCGUGCUGCUCAUUCUCGCUCUUCUCUUCCCCGCGUCACCCGUUGACGGCGCCAAAUACGGCGUCGAAUACGGCGUCGUAUGCGGAGAAAGCGACACGGACGCGUUUCUACCGGUGGCGAGCGAAAGCGAUGAUCUGGAGUACGAAAGAGCAAGCAUGAGCGCGGAUCUCCCCCCCGCGAGCGGAAUCAGCACCCACCACCGUCACUCGGCCACCAUGUGGUGCUGACGAGAUGACGCUGCCGUUUCUGAGGUGGCCUCGCUACCAUUCCGCGACUCCUGCUACUCUCGUCCUAUCUUCCGUCCUCUAAACAAGAGCACCUGUCACGACGCGAGUCCGAACCGUCGGGCACUUUUUCUCAGACUCAGACUCGUGAGGAGCAUCGGAUCACUAACCAGCCUGAGUCUUUUUUCACCAGAUGACACGUCGGCAGCCGUGACGCUCACUCGGCCAUGUGGUGCUGACAAAACGGUGCUGAGUGUGAGUAGCAGCAAUCACCCUCAGCUGGCGACGUGGUGCGACGCACCCUGCUGUUUUGCGGCGCCCGCAGCGCACGAAGUGACACUCUACCAGUGGCUCCGUAAAAACGUAGGGUGAACUCCGCCAAUGCGCGGUCAGUGUUCGCCGACCAAGCCUCGUAGUACCGCCGGCUUGUGGCUGUACCACGGUUAUCAAUCCGUAGCAAACCUGCGUUUUGUGGUGGUUUUUGGGAGGAAUCGAGCGACAUGCAGAAGGUUCCAGCGCAAUGCUAUAACGAAGAACCAGUGUUCUGGAGCUGUCGGAGUUCAAAAUACAUAUUUUAGAAAGUA